AGAUCUAAGAGUGGUAAAUAAACAAAAAAGCUGAAAACUUCACCUGCAUAUCCAUUUCUUCUUCGUUUCACACACAUCGCAUAUCCCUCUUUUCUGUUUCUCUCUCUAAAUUUGUGAGGUUUGCUUGAUGGAACCUGGGCGUUAAUUUUUCUCCUCAGAAGAAGGAAGAUUUCAAUGGUCGGUUUGUGGAAAUUGAUGGCCAUCUUCUCCGAUUUUUGACCUAUUCCAGCGUCUCACGGAGGUUCCUGGAAUGGAUGAGGUCAAGAAGACAGAAAGUCACAUGACUUCAGCGGCAGCUUUUGUAGAAGGGGGGAUUCAGGAUGCCUGUGAUGAUGCUUGUAGCAUAUGCCUUGAGGCCUUUUCCGAUAGUGAUCCUUCUACGGUGACAAGCUGCAAGCAUGAGUUCCACCUUCAAUGCAUUCUUGAAUGGUGUCAAAGAAGCUCCAAUUGUCCAAUGUGUUGGCAAUCUGUCAGUCUGAAAGAUCCUGCCAGUCAAGAGUUGCUUGCGGCUGUCGAACAGGAGAGAGCCUUUAGGUUCACUCCGUCAAGGAAUGCGGCUAUAUUUCAUCAUCCCACCCUUGGAGAUUUUGAGUUGCAGCAUAUACCAGUGGGAGUGAAUGAUCCUGAACUUGAGGAGCGGAUUAUACAACAUUUGGCGGCAGCUGCUGCAAUGGGGAGGACUCGCCGCAUUGCUCGUAGGGAGGGUUCAAGGAGUCGAUCAUCUGCUCACAGCCAACCACAGUUUGUGGUGUUCUCAGCAAAUCCGAAUUCAUCUUCCACUGCUUCUGUUUCAGCUUCCUUAUCUCCUGGUGGAGCAGAAACUGAAUCAGCUGCAACAACAGUAACUAAUCCUUCAUCUCCGCUUGUGUCAUCUUCUGUUCAAAGGAAUCAAGUUUCUGCUUCAUCAUCUAGAUCUUUAUUCAGGGCAACUACUUGCCAUGGAAUAGCUAACGAUAAUAGAAGCCGUGCAAGUGAGUCUUCCUUGCCAAACCUCGACAGUGCAGGUCCUUCUGAGUUUCAGUCCUUUUCAGACACUUGGAAAUCCCGACUGAGCACAAUGUCAAUGAAAUACAAAGAGUCAAUUUCAAGAAGUACAAGAGGAUGGAAGGAAAAGCUGUUUUCUCGAAGCUCUUCUAUGGCAGAUAUUGAUUCUGGUGUUAGGAGAGAGGUAAAUGCUGGAAUCGCUACUGUAUCCCGCAUGAUGGAACGCCUUGAAACUAGGGAUAACAAUUGUGCUGGUCGAGUUCCGCUAGCAAAUAAUGUAGUGGAUCCUUCAGUCACAGGACGCAGCAACCAUGGUAACAGAGAAACCCCCAAUGAACCACCAUCUAAUGGCAAUAAUGCUACUUCUUUUGCCGCAAGUCCAAUUUGAAGUUUUAUGAUGUUAUUUAAGAAGGUGCAUCCUCCUCAGCAUUUCAUCUUUGAAGGUGUAUGUCUCUCCUCUCCAAAUAUGACAUGCUGACGAUGGAGACUUUAACACCCUUCAUUGAGUAAGGCUAGAGAGAGCUACAAUUCUUCUCCUACUCAAUAAACGAAUAGCAGAGAAAGAAAACUUCGUUUGAAACUCUUUACGAACUUGCUUUUCUUCAUAGUUUAUCUGCAUCUGCCUGUACAUUUCUUUGUAAACAAACAUGGACCAAGUACUGAAACCUUCACAGGGUAGAACUUGACGAGAUUCUAAACUUUCUUUAUUUAAUGAUGGACCGAAUCUUCUAUAUAAACUUGACUAAUGAUUGGCUGUUGGAGUUGGCUUUGUAUGGCCGUCUUCCAUUUUGCAUCA